AUGGAGUUCACAUUCUACUACUACACACCAUCCGGUGCUGCUGGAGGCAUCUUCGUUGCACUAUUUGCCCUCAGCACCCUGCUCCAUUUCUAUCAGCUACUCCGCACACGGACAUGGUUCAUGAUCCCUUUUGCGAUUGGCGGAAUCCUCGAAGCAAUUGGUUAUGUCGGCCGUGUACUGUCAACAAAUGAAGCUCCCAACUACACCAAGGGCCCCUAUAUCAUGCAGAGCGCCCUCAUCCUGAUCGCACCAGCCUUUCUCGCCGCUAGUAUCUACAUGACCCUGGGCCGCAUCAUUACUAUGCUUCAGGCAGAACAAUACUCGGUCAUUCCCCUUCGCUGGCUGACGAAGAUAUUCGUGGCGGGUGAUGUGUUAUCCUUCCUGAUGCAAGCGUCUGGCGCCGGUCUUAUGGUAUCGGCAGAUGAUCCCAGCACCGGAGAACACGUUAUUAUCGGUGGAUUGUUCGUACAAAUCAUCUUCUUCGGCUUUUUCGUGAUCACCGCUAUUGUCUUUGAGCUGCGCAUGGCGAAGAAACACAUUAGCGCAUCUCCUGAGGCAGGUCGUAUCUGGCGUCGACAUAUGGUUGCACUCUACGUGACUAGUGUUCUGAUUUUGGUACGGUCCGUGGUUCGUGUCGUGGAGUAUCUGGAUGGCUACGACGGCUUCCUCAUGAAACAUGAAGUCUUCAUUUACGUCUUCGACGCUCUGCUGAUGUUUUUUGCUAUGGCGGUUCUCAACUACAUUCAUCCCAGUCAAGUCAACUGCCUUUUGGACCGGGGCGAGCAGUAUUUUGAAAAGUUCGUCGUGACUCGCAAAUAUGAGCCUAGUGCCACGCAUGAAAUGGAGGUCAAUAGCCAGACCUACUCGUUUCAGCUACACACAAUGACUCUAUGUGAGCUAUGUCAAAGCAUCCCUCUAGAAGGCCUCCCCGCGUUCCCGAGACUAGACAACAUCAUCGCCCUCGGGCCCCAUCAGUCGAUCAUAGCGCUAGGUAAUAACGACAACCGACCGCUACGGGAUGAUUUGGGCUUCCCUCAUCACCCGAAUAUAGACAGCUUGCGACGGGCAUCGGCGGCAGGGUGCGAGCUCUGCCAUAUUCUGGAGGACCAGGUGAACCGCAUGAUCCAAGCAAUGGAGCAUCCGCAAAAUAUGCCAUCAGAACUAGUAGCACGUCGUCCACGCUUUGAUUUAUGGUUGACCAGGCGCCUUAACGGAGGGGAUGGCUUUGCUGUGCUUACUGCCAGCAAUAUGGACCGGGGAAGUGGGUACGACGCACUGGUGGUAGCUGUCAUGGUCUUCUGCUGUGACGAAGACGACCCUCUUGCUACCGUGUUUCGGGGACGCCAACCCAAAAAUGCUCUGGAUACCGCAGCAUGUCGUCGUUUUGCUGGCUGGAUCGCCGAUUGCAACAACCAACACCGGUCGUGCGCUAUGCCGCCAAGGCCCCUACCGACUAGGCUCAUUGAUGUGGGAUGCGAAGGCUCGGGAGAUCUGGUGAAGCUCGUCGAGCCAGGUGGUGAGACUCGUGGGCAUUAUGUGACCCUUAGCUAUUGUUGGGGUGGAGACAGGACUUCCGCAACAACACGCCUCAACGCUGCGUCCAAGAAGGAAGGGAUGCUCCUACAAGACCUACCACAGACCUUUCAAGAUGCGAUACUAAUGACACGAGCUCUUCAUGUUCAGUACCUGUGGAUCGACCGCCUCUGCAUUUACCAAGAUGACCCCCAGGAUUGGGAGCGAGAAUCUGCCAACAUGGGGUCAAUCUAUGGGAAUGCCUACCUAUGCCUGUCAGCGACCUGUGCCGCAAACAGCCAGGAGGGACUUGUGCCUUCUAGAAAUCCAAGGCCCAGUGUAAGUCUUCCUCACACGAGCAACACCUGCGCAGGGCAUGUCAAGGCCUGCUUGCUGCCAACCUUUUCAGACUUCAGCAAACGGAACGCUUUGGAAUUGAACGAGGAGCCCCUCUCUAAAAGGGCAUGGGCUUUUCAGGAACGACUAUUCUCGCAGCGAAGUCUGAUAUUUGCGAGUGAUAAAGUGUAUUUCGUGUGUGAAACACAUAUCAUCUCGGAAGAUGGCCUCGAGCUAAUCGACGGACCCGAAGUGGGUUAUACAAACGGAUACCCGUAUAGAUCGAUCGCCGACCGGAGCAGAUAUGGCACAGUACCGCCCCAAAAUAUGCGUGCCCACUGGUACCGCCUAGUGGCACUCUAUAGUCGGCGUAGCCUGACAUUUCCUUCCGACAAACUACCCGCGAUAUCUGGCAUCGCGAAAGAGUACGGCAAGGUGCUGGGAGACUCUUAUGUAGCAGGACUUUGGGGGAACUCUCUCGUGGAAGGAUUAACUUGGCAACCUUUAGGCAAGUGUAGGGCAGUACGCGAGUAUCGGGCGCCAUCCUGGUCAUGGGCUUCUGUCGAUGGUAUUAUGAAUGAACUCUAUAGAGAGAUCAGCCCCAUAGCGUCAGUCCUGGAUGUACAAGUCGAUGUAGACGGUGACAACCCUUUUGGACGAGUAAGAGGCGGCUGGAUCAAGAUCGAAGCGCCUCUUUUCCCUCUCUUCCUGGUAGAUUACGAGGGCCUGGUGGCGAAGGGCACCACAGGUCUUCAGACAAUAUAUGAAGCGGAUGAAGGGUUUUAUCUGAUGUUUGACACCAUCAGUAACCAACUCGAUGUUUCGCUCGGUCUUAUCAAGACUAUGAGGCUAUUUAGCUUGGUUCUUGCCGAAUACGUCGGGAUAGGGAUCAGGGGUUGGUAUUUUUCUCUCAUCGUGACCCCGGCUGGUGAUGACCCUAAGACAUUGAAGCGAGUUGGCUGGCAUGUCGGAACACAGGCCCAGUUUGGACCUCCUGACAUUCACACGUUCCGGUCGAUAAUAACAUUGACUGGGAAGAGCUCCGAUGCGUUCCCCAACCCUCUUGCGACACUGGUCAAGUACAUAUCACCACACCACACGAUUUACGGUGGAAUGCAGCCGUUGGCAUCCAGGGAGAAUCAUAUUGACCCUAAAGUCCCAGCUGCGUAUCCUCGGGUUCCGCGGGAUGUUUUCCAAGUCUUCUCUUGCAGGGUCCAGCAAAUCAUCCAAUCACUCAAAAAUCCGGUCCAGACCCCAGAUAACAAGGGUGGCCACGUACAGACGCCGUCGUGGCAAGCUAUCUCGCUUGAUUGCCGCCAACGGACCAAUCGCGGCCAAUUGCGCCCAAGGGCUCCACCCAAGCCCUCGAUCCCCGGCGCGCCGAAUUGGUUCGGUCGGCUGGACUUCCUACUCCAGGUGUAG